CGGGCGGAGCUUCUGUGUCUCCCAGCCAAUCAUGCGACUCAAGGAGAACUGGCGCUGUGUCCAGUCUCCUCCAAUCAAUGGCCUUCGGGGGCGGGCCGGCGGCCGCUCAAUUCCCACUCCCUCAUGCUUUGGGUUAGGGUUUUCUUUCACGCUUUCUGAGGAGGAGAGCAUGGCGCAGGCCUCGGCGAAGCACUUCCCUGAGGCUCGGCCAGAGGAGCGUUUCCAUCGCUGGCCAGACCCGGAGGAGAACGGGCAGUUGCUGCGGGCGUCAGGAGAGGUGGCCGCCCGGCCCCUUUCCCCGCCUGCCCGGAUGGGUGCGUGCAGACCCACCAAAGAAAAGCGGUCGCUGCGGGGCCCAGGGUUCGGGACCCCUAGUCCCACCUCGGCCUCGCUUUGGGACGGCCGCGCCCCCAGGGCCGCCUGCGUCUCCAGGAAGCCGGGAGUGGCGUCCCCUGCGGGGUGGGGUGCUCCCAGGCCGAACUCCGGACAGGUGGAGGGGACGGCAGGGCUCGAGGAAGCCCUGUCCCUCCAGUGCAAGGUGCUCUCACGUGUGCCCUCUGCCCUCCCGUUCACCCGCAGCCUUCUCAGCGCCUCUCCCUGGGCCCGGGGCCGCCUCACCAGCCUGUUGCUCUGGAAAAAGUCCACAGUCCCCGAUUCCAUCCCUACGCCCCCCCCCCCCCCCCCCCCCCCCUUUUCGGCGGGCCCCCGGGAGGGGGCUGCACGGCGGAAGGAGGCUGGCGAUGGGCCCAGCUGCCUGUUGCAUGCACCUCCUCCUCCACCCAUAGCCUCUUGCCUGGGGAAGAGUUAGCCUGGGGCUGAUACUUUGGUUAAGCUGAAGCUGCCGAGGGUGGCCGACCUGCAGAUUCUCUGCAAAUUCUGAGCUGGCAGAGCCGGCAGCCCGGAGCCGGCCGGGGAAGAGGAGACUUACACGCUGCAGGCCGCCUCCUUCCACCGUGCUCUCCAUCUCCCACUUCAGAAGGGCUGGGAAGCUCGCGGCCGGGGUUCCACCUGGAAGCUGCUUGCAUGGCUGAACCCAGCUUAGGUUCCUAGCGGGGCUGCUGGUGGAAUUCUCCCCCUUGGAGGCUGGGGAGGUUUAGGAGGGGGAAGGCUUCUGUGAAGCUCUCAAACCACUAAUAGAGCCCCCUCCCCAACAGUGAUGGCGCAGAUGCUCCCUCUUUUUAGUUGACACCACCAGGCAGCCUCCUGGCUGUUGGUAGGUUCCUGCACCUGGCUGGGGGAACAGGGACCGGCAGGGGACUUUGUUAGGGGAGGGUUGGGAUGGGCAGUGGGCCCUGAAAGUUAAUAUAUUCGAACCUAGCUUGAGUGUCGUUCUUUCCAAUUCCGAAAGUAGGGAGAGUAAAAAUAGGGGUGAUUGGGGUGAGGCUAGAAUGCCUCUCUCAGGGCGCCCCCCCUCCCCCACCAUUUUAGAGAGCUAGGCCCCAGCCAAUCUUGUCACUCCCAUCUCAAUGCUUCCUGAAGAGGCUGUUUUGAGUGUUGAAAAGAUGAAAAUGCAGUUAUGCCAAACAGUAUUGAGCAGAAUAAUUUAUUUCUUUUUGCUUUUGCUUUUGCUUUAAAUCAUGAAUCCCGCCAGGCAUGGUGGCUCACACCUGUCUUCCCAGCACUUUGGGAGGCCGAGGCGGGUGGAGUACUUAAUACUAAGGUCAGGAGUUCCAGAUCAGCCUGGCCAACAUGGUGAAACCCCGUCUCUAC